UAAAAAAAGCCUCCCUCUAUUCCUCUGAUGAAAUUUUAUCUGUAUUUCUAUCUUCGUUUUGCUGGGUGCGUUUGCUAUCGUACGUUGUAAUUAUGAAUCUUUUUAUCGGUUUAAUUGAGUAAUAUCCAUUAAAUUAGUCCCUUAUUAAAAGUUAAAAAGUGGUAGAAGUGAAAUCCUUCGUAGGAUAUUAACCAAUGCUGCUGUAUACUGAAUAUGGCUGACGAAAGACUUGUGGUCCUGAAUCGUUGUGACAACUUGGGAUUCGGAUUUUCUUUACUCGGUGAAGCCGGUUUGCCACAUAUUAUUUACGAAAUCGAAGAAAAUUCUCCUGCAGCUCGCAGUGGUGAGGUCGAGGCGGGAGACGUAUUGCUCAAGGUUAAUGGGACUGAUGUGGACCGGUUCACUACCCGAGAAGUGUUAAAAUGUUUGCGACUUUCGUCGGAUCCUGUCACACUUCGACUCAAAAAGGACCCACAGAUCAAAGCGAAUGUGAGGCGCUACAUGUCGGCCGCCGCAGAGCGUCGCUCUAGCCUGCCGCAACGCACAAAAGACAAAUCGGGUUCACCGCCAUCUAGUAAUUCUAACAGCAAUUCAUCGAGCAACUCGUCGAGCAACGGGUCGGGCGGCCAGUCGGGGGAUAGUUGCGAAGGAUUGCUGACGGAAGAACGGGUGGAGAGGCGACUGCGCGUCUCGCAGCCUAAGUUCGAAGCCUAUAUGAUGACUGGGGACCUCAUGCUCAACCUGUCCAGGGUUGAGCAUCCACAUCACAACCACCACGCACCCACACAUCGAACACAUUAUCACAGAUACAAUUCCACGCCCGCGUCGCCGAGUGAGAAUCGGUUAGCAGCUCGCGUCGAGUUGUCACAACGGCACAACUCCUCACCCGACACGGGCUUGGUCGGGGACCACGCCAACAAAUUCUUUGGCAGGUUCAAUUCACAACCUGCGUCACCGGCGGGCGGUAAUGCAGCUGCGAGUGAAGUCGCGACACGCACACAGCAACAUAUCGUUCGAACUUCGAGGUCCGAAGAUCAUUUACAGUUCCAGAAGGAGUCAUCGCUAAGCGCGGUGGCGGUGGAGCUGGAGGAGGACGUGACGUCAUCGCUCAACACGCUGCUGGACGCGCGCCCCGACUCCGCCACGCCCGCGCCGCGCUCCGACUCCGACGAGAGAGACAGUUGUGGUACCAGGAUCGUGUGGACGUACAACGCGCCCGUGUCGCAGUGCAACGGCUCGGCCGCCACCUCCAACUCCACCUCCAUCUCCGACGGCAUGUCGCAGCGGUCGUCGUCCCCGCUGUCGCCGACGUCGGCGUCGUGGUCGGCGCUGUCGCCGCACCGGCCGGCGCUAGCGCCACACCACCACCGCACACUCAACGGUGAUAUGAGCUUAUCAGAAGCCGUAUCGAAUAUUUCUAGUCCAGACUUUCAAGACCAAGACGACAUGUUCGACACGGGUCGGGAAUGCCCCAGGAUGGAGCUCUCCGACCCUUCGGACUCCGACUCUACGAUACUAGUCUCCGAACCUUGUCACAAACGAGCCAAAUCCAACUCCUCUUACUCGGAACACGGCAGUGACGUCACGCUGAACGGCGACAAAGACUAUAGGAUAGUUAUACAAGUGAAGGGACCAGAGAAGAACGCUAACGCGAGCGAUACUGUAAAUAAUAAUAACAAUAGCACUAACUACGCACAAAACGGAAAGGAGAACGGGCACAACUCACCUGAGAAUCAGGGUUAUCAGGAAUUAUGUAGCGGUUCGGAUGCGGGAUCGGACGAGGGCUCGGAUGUGGACUCGCUACACUCGUUCCACUACAGUCCCAAGGCGGUGGACAUCCCCUCCGCGGAGCGCCUCGCCAAGCGCCUCUACCACCUCGACGGUUUCAAGAAGUCGGACGUGUCACGUCAUUUAAGUAAAAACAACGAAUUCUCCCGCGCCGUUGCGGAGGAGUACGUGAAGCACUUCGAGUUCAGCGGCGCGACACUCGACGAGGCGCUGCGGUCGUUCCUCGCGCGGUUCGCGCUGAGCGGAGAGACGCAGGAGCGGGAGCGCGUGCUCGUGCACUUCUCGCGGCGGUUCUUGGAGUGCAACCCCGGCGCUUUCAACUCGCAAGAUGCCGUACACACACUGACGUGCGCCAUAAUGCUGCUGAACACGGACCUGCACGGCUGCGGCAGCGGCACGUUCCGCCGCAUGUCGUGCGCCGAGUUCAUCGAGAACCUCGCCGAGCUCAACGACGGCGAGAACUUCCCGCGCGACACGCUCAAGCACCUCUACCACGCGAUACGCAACCAGCCGCUGCAGUGGGCGCUAGACGCGGAAGCGGCGCCCACUGGUGGCGGUGAAAACAAAGCGACGCCGCCGGUGGGCAGCAACCCGUUCCUGGACCUGCCCGACCAGAGUCGAGCCGUGGAGUACAAGAAGGGCUACGUCAUGCGGAAGUGUUGUUACGACGCUAAUGGGAAAAAGACCCCAUUCGGUCGUCGCGGCUGGAAGAUGUUCUACUGCACACUGCGCGACCUGGUCCUAUACCUGCACAAAGACGAACACGGCUUCCGUCGGAGCCAAAUGUCCGAUAACUUGCACAAUGCUAUCAGGAUACAUCACGCGCUGGCAACGAAAGCCACGGACUACACGAAAAAGCAACAUGUGUUCAGAUUGCAAACUGCAGACCAGGCAGAAUACUUAUUUCAAACUAGCGACUCAAAAGAACUAUGUUCAUGGGUGGAGACGAUCAACUUCGUCUGCGCGGCUUACUCGGCGCCGCCGCUGGCCGGCGCGGUGGGCUCGCAGCGCAAGUUCCAGCGCCCCCUACUGCCCUGCACGCACACCAAACUAUCAAUGCGAGAACAACUAGCGGACCACGAGGAAAGGGCCGCGCGACUGGAGGAGGAGCUGGCGGCGCUGCGCCACGCGCGCGAGCACCCGCAUGCCACGCGCGACAAGGACCACUACCUCGUGCACGAGAUAAAGAGGUACCGCACGUAUGCGUACGUGAUGCGCAUGCGCGGUGGCGGCGCGGGCGCGGACGACAACGCGCCCGCGCUGCCCGAGCGCGCGCACGCGCACAACCCGCCGCCCUGACGUGCCAUGGCGCUGUUCGCCGCCUGCGUGCUCUGAUGCCCCGCCGCGCGCGCCUGCUGCGUGGCCCCACUGAACGUCGAGCGCGGACGCUAUACGCUACACCCACAAAUAUAAGUUACGACAGCAAUGUACAUCUGAACAAACUGGCUUGACAUCGGCAAAGUGUGAAAAAGUGUGGAUGUUACACAGUGAGCCGCAAAUAUAAGUUACGUACGGUAAUUACUUCUGUGUUGGUUCCCGGCAAAGUGUGACAAAGUGUGGAUGUUACACAGUGAGCCACAAAUAUAAGUUACGUACGGUAAUUACUUAUGUGCUUGAUACUGGCAAAGUGUGACAAAGUGUGGAUGUUAUACAGUUGAGCCACAAAAAUAAGUUACAAUUGCAAUGUACCUUGCAAAGUGCAAACUAGCUUGAUACCAGCUAAGUGUGACAAAGAAUGGGUGUUAUACAGAAGGAGCCACAAAUAUAAGUUACAAGGACAGUCCAAGUGCAAACACUAUAGAUUAGAUCCACCAAUAUUAGUUACGACGUUAUAAGAUGUAGACGUCUUUAAAUUAAAAUACUUUGCUUGCAAAUCCACAGAUGCCAUUGUAACUUAUAAUUGAGGCAAUAAUGUAUUCAAGUGACGUGCGUUUUACUAUAGUGUUGUCGCGCAAAUACAAACUGAAAUAGCAACUUGUCCCAAACUUUAAGAGAAUGUGAACCAAGUCAGGCAAAAUGGGUGUGAAUGUGUCCAAAAUCUUGUGCUUACAAAGAACUGACUCUCGCCAAAUUCUAAAGAUAAGUUAUAUGUUGUAUUUGAAGAAUAGAAUUAGCCUCAUGGUAGCUUAUUCUGUUGUACAUAUUCUCUAAACUAAAUUGACAAGUCUAAAGUUGCCUUCAAACUACGGAAAUAUAAUAUAAUAUAUAAAUAUCGCUCACCCUACUUUUAAAUGUCACUGUCCACACUUAGAUGUAAUAUUAUUACAUCUAACAGUGUGAACAGUGACAUUUAAAAGUAGGGUGAGCGAUAUUGAUGUAUUAUAUUAUAUUCCGUAGUUUGAAAUCAACUUAAAUGUAGUGCUAUACUUUUGCUGAAGGGAACAUUAUGAAAAGGAUAGUAAUCAUUUAGACCUGUCAUUUUUGUACAGUACAGAGAUUGUGUGCAGCAAAAUUAUUAUAGCCACAAUGCCCCUUAACCUUUGUAACCAUUGCAAGGCUGGAUGCAGAUUAACAAUAAUAAAGAUGUGAAUGUUGUGAAGUGACAGCAUGUAUAACUCUUAAGUUAUUUAUAAAAAUUUACAGACAUUAUAAACGACUUAAAAACAAUGAAUGUAUGACAGAAAUGUGUAUAAGCCAUAUUCUUUAUGUAAAUUUUUAUUUGUAAUCGAAAUUAAUGCUGAAUCAAAGAACUGUAGAAUCAUUACAUAGGAUUUUUCCAUGACCAUGGGAAAACAAAACUAGGGAAAAAUUGGUCUUUUUGAUGUGGCUACUUCUGUUAUAACACACACUCUGUACUUCUGUUGUACACAGUCUCUAAACUAAAUGAAACUGACAGGUCUAAAUCUAGUGCUAUCUUUUUCUACAGAGAGCAUUAUGAAAGGGAUAAUCAGCAAUAUAUUUAGACCUGUCAUUUUAGUUUAGAUAUUGUAGAGCCACAUUAAGCUGUUGUUGCCAACCUUGGUGACAAAACACUACUUUGUAAUAUAAAAGUGAAACCAAAGUGGCAGUCAAACCCCACCUAAUUAACCUUUUGGUUGCAUACUGAAAUGGUAAGAAUGAAAGUAUAGAAUUUGAUAAUUCUAUUUAAGCACCACUUCAUAAUAACUCUCAGCCUAUAUUGGGCCCAAAAAUAUCAGUUAUAUUUUAUAAAAUAACAAAAAAAAAAUGCCUACAGAUUUUUUGGUGCAAAAACUGCUCAUUAAUAAAACCUAACCACCACCUAAAAUUAAUCAAGAACUUAGAUCAGAAGCAUAAAAGUACAUUUUAUACAUUAAUGUUACUAAUAAAAAAAAUGUAAAUAAAUGAAAAUUCUUAUUGUAAUAAUAAUGUAAUAUUAUUGUGAUCAAGAACUUGGAACAUACAAGUACAUUUAGACACUAUUUUAUAUUUAAAAUUAAUAUUACCAAAAAAUGAGAAAUAACACAAAUUAUUAUUAACUAUCUUAGCUAUUUCUUCAAGAAAAUAUUGAAAUAUGGAACCCACUUUCAUAUUCACAUGAAUGUGGACAGUAGGUUCAAUAUUUUACUAUUAGUUUAUGCUAAGAUACCUCUUGCCACUUCACAACUGUUAUUACCCUGUCCAAAAGCCAAUUCAAUAAUAAUUAAAGAAUAAGAAGAGGAUGAAUGAAUGAAUAUACUUUUAUUCUAUAGGACCUGCUCUAUCAAACAUUUUACUGAUAACAGGCCGCCAUACUUUGAAGCGUGCGUAGGAGUCGUUUUAGACAAAGGUGAGUCAACACUGCGCCAGUGUCUAUUGUCGUUACGCACUUGGUGUCACACAAGCAUACGAAUUUGUCUUCACUUUUAAAAUACGAAUGUAUGAGCUUUGCCUAACCUGAGUUUUAUACUUAACAUCUUUGCAUUUAUUAAACAAAAUAUGGAAACGCUUUGCAGUUUUAAUUAACUGCAAAACAUGUCCAUAUUUUGUUUUCAACAUUUUGAUUUCUAUAUUUUUGCUGUCAGAAUAUGUUAUUACUAUUUAUAUAUGGCUUAUAGGUGGAGAUAGUGCCAUGUUUGUUUCUAUUUUGGCUCAAUCACAGUAUAUAAAUAAUAUAUAUUCAUAAUAAUUUUGUCCUCUUUUUUUAGUCAUUGGUUCAAAAUCCAAAUGCUUCUCUAAUGAUCCUACUAAUUUCACUCACAAAGUUGGUAAUGUUAAAAAGUUGCAAGUGUGAAGUUUGCACUUAGCAGGAGCUAACAAAGUGAGCUUAUUAAUAUUUGGGUAGGGUAAUUAUAGUUCAUUCAGUUUUGAAAGUAUGUGUUACACACUACAGCACAGUAAGUGAUAUAGUGUGCAUCACUUACUGUGAUGUGUGCAUACUAUCUAAAAUAUUGUUUACAGUAUGAACCAACUUAUGACUGCAGCUGCAUUCACUUAUGAAUUCUCUUU